AUGGCAGGCGGCUGGACAGGGAUCUGUUUCGGGCAGGAAGGCUCCAACAUCCCGACCAGGACCCAGGUCGUCCAGAAGUUCCGACAAUUGGGCAUCACCCGCGUCCGCCUCUACCACACUUACCAGAGCACGCUCCAGGCUUUCUCCAACAGCGGCAUUCAACUCACCGUGGGCAUAACGAACGCAGAUAUCGUUAAGGCCUUAUCAAAUGUGGGCUCUGCCACGAGCUGGGUUGACCCGAGACAAGCAGGAUCCUGCUAUGUGUUAUUUAACAUCGUCGCUGUUACGGUGGGAAACGAAGUCUUUACUUCGACGGCGAACAAUUUGAAAAACGCUCUGCUGCCUUCGAUGAAGAAUCUGAGAGAGGCGCUGAAUCAGGCACGUAACAGUGGGAUCAAGGUCACAACAGCUCACGCUUUCGACGUCGUCACGAACACCUUCCCCCCAUCUAGCGGCCAGUUCUAA